CCGGAAUUGAUAGCGUUAUCGUUUAUAGCACUAGUUGUUGACGACAGCGCGGGCACGGAAAUCCAAUUUUUACAUUUGUUUUUAAUUUAUUUCGCAUCAUUGCGACGUUUUCUCAUAUAGACUAAUCGUAGAUAUACUUCAAAAAUGGGAAAACGCCAACAUCAGAAGGAUAAGAUGUAUUUAACGUAUACGGAAUGGUCGACGUUAUAUGGUGGAAGGAAAUCAGGAACGAAUCUAGAAACAAGCGAGGAGAAGACAUUCAGACGAUUGCCAUAUGAUCAUUGCUGUUUGUCUCUACAGCCCUUUGAACAUCCUUACUGCGAUUUAAAUGGCAAUGUGUUCGAGUUAGAAGCUAUUUUGCCAUAUCUGAAACAGUACAAGCAUAAUCCUGUAACAGGAAAACCAUUAGACGCCAAGAGCCUAGUUAAACUGAAUUUUUAUAAGAAUGCACAAGACGAAUAUCAAUGUCCUGUUCUUUUUAAAUUGUUUACAAAACAUUCGCACAUUGUUGCCAUUAAAACCACAGGAAAUGUAUUCUCUUAUGAGGCUGUUGAACAAUUGAAUAUAAAAACUGCAAAUUGGAAAGAUUUGAUAAAUGACCAGCCAUUCACACGCAAAGAUAUUAUCACAAUUCAAGAUCCAAAUAAUGCAAUGAAAUUCAAUCUGUCUACAUUCCAUCAUAUAAAAAAUAACAUACGAGUGGAAGAUGAAGAAACUGUGAGAGAAAGGAACAAUCCAAAUGCAAAAUUAAAAACUGUAUCAGCAGAAACAAAAGAGAUCUUGGCAGAAUUAGAGAGAGACUAUAAGCCGAUGAAAAAUGAAAAGGAUGAGACAUCUACACAGAAAGCUGAUAAAUUCAAUGCCGCACAUUACUCUACUGGCGCAGUUGCUGCAGGAUUUACUUCAACGAUAAUGCCAGCGGAGACUAUACAUCAGUCGGCUGUAAUCGCGGAAGAUUUGGUGCGAUACGAGAGAGUCAAGAAAAAGGGGUAUGUGAGAUUAGUCACGAAUUUUGGAGCUUUGAAUCUGGAACUUUACUGCGACUUAGUUCCAAAAACCUGCGAGAAUUUCAUGAAACACUGCCAGAAUGAUUAUUACAAUGGCACAAAAUUCCACAGGUCGAUACGAAAUUUUAUGAUACAGGGCGGUGAUCCGACCAAUACGGGUAACGGUGGCAAGUCCAUUUGGGAUAAACCGUUCGAAGAUGAGUUCAAGCCGAAUUUGAUCCAUCAAGGCAGAGGCAUCCUGUCCAUGGCAAACUCGGGUCCGAACACCAACGGAUCCCAAUUUUUUAUCACAUUCCGAUCGUGCAGACACCUCGAUCGCAAGCAUACCGUCUUUGGCAAGAUUGUUGGAGGCCUGGAUACGUUGAACGCGAUGGAGAGGGUAGAGGUGGACAAUAAAGAUCGACCAAUAGAGGAUAUAAUUAUACAGGGUGUCGAGAUCUUCGUGGAUCCUUUCCAAGAAGCUGAUAAUCAACUCGCUGCAGAACGAGUCGCCGAAACGGAACGACUGACUCGAGAAGCGAGUCAGAACAAACCGAAUAAAACGGACAAGAACGACACUCAAAAAGUUUAUCGAUCGGGCAUAGGAAAAUAUGUGAAGCUGGAACAGGAGAAAUUGGAUAAAUGGGACGGGAAUGCGGAGCCCGUCACGAAAAAGAAGAAGAUUCUGUCACAAUCCUAUGGAGACUUUUCCUCUUUCACUUUCUAAUGGAUUAUUUUCAUUAAAAUAAGUUUAUGAUAUGUGUAUGUGUAUAUAUAUAUAUGGGGGAGAG